AUGGCUAAACGAGAAGACCAUUUGAAACAAGGGGCUAACGUAUCACCCUUGGAGUCAGCUAUUGCUGGAUCGUUUUCUGGAGCAAUAUCAAGAGCUAUUACUGCUCCUUUAGAUACCAUAAAGAUACGGUUACAAUUACAGACAUCUGAUUAUAAGGCAUAUCAAGGAGUUAACUCAACCGUUAAAAGCAUCUUGAGAAAUGAAGGAAUCUAUGGAUUCUGGAAAGGAAAUGUCCCAGCUGAGAUCAUGUAUAUAUUGUAUGGAGCUGUACAGUUCACAUCUUAUUCAGUUUUGAACAAACUUCUUAGUGAAUUGGAAGAAAAACGUCAGUUCAAAUUGAACCGAUCCCUCCAUUCAUUGAUCAUUGGGAGUGGUGCAGGUAUUUCCAGUACAUUGGUAACUUAUCCAUUUGAUCUCUUGAGAACUAGAUUAGCAGCCAAUACUCAUGGAUUCCUUUCUUUAGCUCCCACUAUCAAAAACAUUUAUCACCAAGACGGCUUACGGGGGUUUUUUAUAGGGAUGAACCCAGCUAUAUUAUCAGUGGCUUCCACAACAGGAUUAAUGUUCUGGAGUUAUGACAUCGCUAGAACUUAUAGUACAAAAUAUCAGAAUAUCCCAUUCAUCGAAGGAGUUUGUGGGUUUUUCGCCGGGGCUACUGCUAAAGGUAUAACCUUCCCCUUAGAUACUCUUAGGAAACGAGUACAGAUGAAAAAACAUAACACAACAUCAUUGAUUUCCAACACCACGACAAUUCUUAGAAAUGAAGGAUUGUUCGGUCUUUAUAAAGGUUUUGGUAUCAGUGUGUUGAAAACUGCACCUACAAGUGCCAUAUCAUUAUUCAUAUAUGAAUAUUCCAUCACUAAAUUACGUACCUUUUGA